UUGUAGUUGUGGAGACAGGAUCUCACUCUGUUGCCCAGGCUGGAGUGCAGUGCUGUGAUCUUGGUUCAUGGCAACCUCGACCCCCUGGGCUCAAGUGAUCCUCCCAUCUGGAGGAGGAAAUUUUGCCUGGACUUCCUCAACUGUUCUUCUGGCCUGCAGGCUCCUGUUUUGAGAUAUUUCUAUACCCAAAACCGACCUGGCCCCUCCCCUGCUGUCAACCCUCCCAUCGUUCCCCAGCACCCUCCGGGGCAAAACCCAAACGCCUCAGUGUGGUGUUCGAGGUCGAGACUCUCCAAUCUCACAUGUCCCGAUGUCACAUUCAGACACCACAUGUGGCGGGCCACACCAGGGUCUGUCUCUGCCCUAUGCCCCUGCCUGUCCCCUCUACCAGAAUGCCCUUCCCCCGUUGCCACGGCCACGAUUCUGGUCUCUGCGACAACCCCCUCUUGGGGUUCCAGAUGCUUCUCCCCUCUCUGGCUCAGAGGCCCAGGAAAGAGAGAGAAGACCAAGCAAGGGGUGGCUGGAGUCCCAAGGCCAUGAACUUUCAGGAAAAUGUGACCUUGGCCAUGGCCUUGUUCACCAUCCUGACGUCCAUCUAUUUCUUCAACAAGGCUCAGCAGUGAGAAGACGCAGGACCUCCCCACACAAGAGCCCUGCCUCUCCCUCUACCAUUGCUCUGAGGCCAAAUAAAUGUAACUGAAUCCGCAUAUCCUGCUCACCCAACCCACUGCGCCUGCGCCCGGCCUCGGGCCUACGCCACACCUGGGGGCUCCGUGUUUCAGGAGGGAGUGGGGGGUCCAGACUCCAGGGUCUGAGGUAGGAGAGUGGUGAGGGCCCACCCUCUCAGGUUUGAGGCUAGGAACUGGGAAUCUGAGCUGGGUUUUGAGGGAUGAGUAGGAGUCUGUGUGGGGGCAUUCCAAGAAGAGGAAGAACAUUUCAACUCUGGGUAUAAGGGCACAGCGGGAAGAAAGAGCAGGGCAGAUUGAGCACCCGGCACCAACACAGGCUGCUGUGUACUCGGAUUUGUUAUUUCCCUUGAUCCCCCGAUUUCUUCUCCAUCAAACAAAGGCGAAAAUCUUUGUCCAGUGGGCCUCAGAAAACCACAGCCAGGGCAGCCUGAUGUCCAAAAUGUGAAUGCACUUUGUCAGCUGCAGCGGGUCUGUAGUUAUCAUCAUCUUCCUCAUCACUGUCAUACU